GAAAAUGUAAAACAAUUGGCUGGGACUGGAAAGAGGACAACUGAGACUGAGAAAGAACAGAAUAGAUUGACUUCGCUGCAGAGGCCCCCAGUGAUGGAACAAGCCAAAAUGGACGAUAGUAUGAACACAAAAUCUAUUCUUGAAGAACUUCUUCUCAAAAGGUCACAGCAAAAGAAGAAAAUGUCACCAAAUAAUUACAAAGAGCGCCUUUUUGUUCUGACCAAAACAAACCUUUCCUACUAUGAAUAUGACAAAAUGAAAAGAGGCAGCAGAAAAGGAUCAAUUGAAAUUAAGAAAAUCAGAUGUGUGGAGAAAGUCAAUCUAGAGGAGCAAACUCCUGUGGAAAGACAAUACCCAUUUCAGAUUGUCUAUAAAGAUGGACUUCUCUAUGUCUAUGCAUCCAAUGAAGAGAGCAGAAGUCAGUGGCUGAAAGCAUUACAAAAAGAGAUAAGAGGAAACCCCCACCUGCUCAUCAAGUACCACAGUGGCUUCUUUGUGGACGGGAAGUUCCUGUGCUGCCAGCAGAGUUGCAAAGCAGCCCCUGGAUGCACCCUCUGGGAAGCAUAUGCUGAUUUGAAUGUUGCGGCCAAUGAAGAGAAACACAGAACUCCCAUAUGUCCAGAUAGAGUGCUGAAGAUUCCACGGGCAGUUCCUAUUCUUCAAAUGAAUGCACCAUCUUCAAGUGCCAUUCUACCACUGCAUGAUAUGGACUCAAAGAGAAGCUAUGGUUCCCAGCCAAAUGUCAACAUGCGUUAUAUUCCACGGGAAGACUGUCCUGACUGGUGGCAAUUAAGAAAGCUGAAAAGCAAUGAAGAUGUAGCAUGCAGUAACCCAGUGGAAAGAAACAUUGUAAAUCACAGCCCUUCAAAGAUAUCAUGGGGGAUUCCUGAGUCAAGUUCCUCUGAAGAAGAGGAAAACCUGGAUGAUUUUGACUGGUUUGCAGGUAACAUCUCCAGGUCACAAUCUGAGCAGUUACUGAGACAAAAGGGAAAAGAAGGAGCAUUUAUGGUUAGAAAUUCCAGCCAGGUGGGAAUGUACACUGUGUCCUUAUUUAGUAAGGCUGUAAAUGAUAAAAAAGGAACUGUCAAACAUUACCAUGUGCAUACCAAUGCUGAAAAUAAACUAUACCUGGCAGAAAACUAUUGUUUUGAUUCGAUUCCAAAGCUUAUUCACUACCAUCAACACAAUUCAGCAGGCAUGAUCACACGACUCCGCCAUCCUGUGUCAACUAAGGCCAACAAGGUUCCAGUCUCUGUGUCCCUGGGAAGUGGAAUCUGGGAACUGAAAAGAGAAGAAAUUACCCUAUUGAGGGAACUGGGAAGUGGCCAGUUUGGAGUGGUCCAGCUGGGCAAGUGGAAGGGCCAGUACGAUGUUGCUGUUAAGAUGAUCAAGGAGGGCUCCAUGUCUGAAGAUGAAUUCUUUCAGGAAGCCCAGACCAUGAUGAAACUCAACCAUCCCAAGCUGGUAAAAUUCUAUGGAGUGUGUUCCAAGAAAUACCCCAUAUACAUAGUGACUGAAUAUAUAACCAAUGGCUGCUUACUUAACUACUUGAAGAGUCAUGGAAAAGGACUAGACCCCUCCCAGCUCUUAGAAAUGUGUUAUGAUGUCUGUGAAGGCAUGGCUUUCUUGGAGAGUCACCAGUUCAUACACCGGGACUUGGCUGCUCGGAACUGCUUGGUGGACAGCGAUCUCUCUGUGAAAGUCUCUGACUUUGGAAUGACAAGAUACGUUCUUGAUGACCAGUAUGUCAGCUCAGUAGGAACCAAGUUUCCAGUCAAAUGGUCAGCUCCAGAAGUGUUUCAUUACUUCAAAUACAGCAGCAAGUCAGACGUAUGGGCAUUCGGCAUCCUGAUGUGGGAGGUGUUCAGUCUGGGGAAGCAGCCCUAUGACUUGUAUGACAACUCACAGGUGGUUGUAAAGGUCUCCCAGGGCCACAGACUAUACCGGCCACAACUGGCAUCGGACACCAUCUAUCAGCUAAUGUACAGCUGCUGGCAUGAGCUUCCAGAAAAACGCCCCACAUUUCAGCAGCUCCUGUCUUCCAUUGAACCACUUAGAGAAAAAGACAAGCCUUGAAGAAGAAAUUAGGAGCACAAUCAGAAUGAUAAAAAUGUUGGUCAAUAUUUUCAUUCUUUUUAAGGAAAGUUGCAAGACCCAAUAUAAUUAUCUAGUUCUUAGUAAUUUCUGUUGCAUUGUUUGUUGUAGUAUCUAGAAAGGAACAAUGUAGGAAACAACAAAAGUGUUUGAAAUUGAGGACAAAUUGUUUGCAAACAAAAUGUUGUCUAAAAUUUAGGUCAUUUUCUUUGGGUUUCUGUCAAUGUAACUGUUUCUAGCCUCUAGUAAAAGGAUAUUUCCAGAUUGCUGUGUGGUGAGGGUAUAAAUCAUGAGCACAGAUUUGAGCAGAAUUAAAAGAUUAUUUGUUGAAUACUCAUACUUUUCUCUUGUCACUAUCACGAUAAUUACACAUACUAUCAAAUAUAGAAAUGUAGAUAUUUGCCUUCAUAUUCAAUGCUGUCAAAUGUUAGCUUGCCUGAGUAUCAAAUGGAGAUUAAUCUGUUAUUAAAACAUAGAUACUGCUGGGCACUGGUGGUUCACGCCUCUAAUGCUAG